AAUUAGUUAGUAUACGUUUAAAAAAUUUCUGUCAAAGGAAUAUUCCACACUCAAACCAUUAGCUGGUUGGUAUACUUUCUUGUGUUUAGUGUUAUUUAAAAGAAAACAAUUCAAAUAAUAAUAAGUGACCACGAACGAAGGGCAGCGAACGAAAUUUACCGCAAAGGUCACACCCUGCUGAGGUCAAUUUUGGAUUGACUGAUUUUCAUAUCAUCCAGUACAAUUUAUAUAUCACCGUCAGAACCUCGUGUUUGAGUUUGAAUUUGUAUAAAAAAUUCAUUAGCGAACAUGACUUUUUUGGAGGACAGAGAUUUGGAUAAUGUUCCCAAAAUACCAGAAUACUAUAGAGGGAAAGUUGUCUUCGUGACAGGAGGAUCGGGUUUUAUGGGAAAAGUUCUGAUAGAGAAACUGCUCUACUCGUGUCCCGACUUGGAGAAGAUCUAUCUCCUGCUACGUCCAAAGAAGGGAGUUCAACCAGAGGAACGCUUGUCAGCUAUUUACAGCUCUCAUUGCUUCGAUCGUUUACGUAAUGAGCGCCCAGGAGUCUUCGAUUCGAAGGUCUUCUUUGUUGCUGGGGAUGUGAGCGACAUCGGCCUGGGUCUUUCUGAAGACGAUCGGGCAAUACUUUUAAAUCAAACACAAAUUUUGUUUCACGUCGCUGCAAGCGUUAGGUUUGAUGAUCCGCUGAAGGUUGCUGUUAGAUUGAACCUUUUUGGUACGAAACAAGUUGUUGAUUUGGCUAAGGAUAUGAAAAAUCUCGAAAGUUUCGUGCAUGUGUCGACGUCUUACGCAAACACGAACAGGGAGGUUAUAGAAGAGAUUCUGUAUCCAGCUCUGGGAGACUGGAGGGAAACUCUGGAGAUCUGCGAAACAGCUGACGAUCAUACAUUAAAGGUUUUGACGCCGAAGUUUAUAGGCGAGCUCCCAAAUACUUACGUGUUCACGAAACAACUAGCAGAGCACGUGGUGUACGAACAGAAAGGAAAGAUGCCAAUAGUGAUCGUGAGGCCGUCGAUUGUUAUAUCCAGUCAUUUGGAACCUGUACCCGGAUGGAUUGAUAACUUCAAUGGACCAGCGGGUCUCAUGGCAGCGUCCGGCAAAGGUAUACUUCGUACGAUACUAUCGAGUCCGGAAAUAGUCUCAGACUACAUACCAGUUGACGUGGCUAUCAAAGCUUGUAUCGUGGCUUCGUGGGUGAGAGGCACCAAGAAGUUAGAAGCGACGGAUGAUAUACCUAUAUAUAAUGAUUGUGUUGGCAAAUUGAAUCACAUGACAAUGCAAGACAUGGUGUCUGUGGGUAGUGAGAUAGCACAGAUUUUACCCUUGAAGAACGCGCUAUGGGCCUAUGGAGUUUCUAUAACUACCUCCAAAUUCAAAUACAAUCUCGAAGUUCUCUUAUUCCACAUGCUACCAGCUCUACUCGUUGACAUGAUCUUGUGGAUUAUAGGAAAAAAUCCCAUGCUGGUCAGAGUCCAGCGCCGUAUUUACACAGCGAAUAUGGCACUGCACUACUAUUUGACGAAGCAGUGGACGUUCAGUAACAGAAACCUCAUCGCGCUGAGGUCUAAGAUAAAAGAUGAUGAUAUGAGACAUUUUUACUACGAAAUAGAGAACAUCGACAAGUACGAAUUCUACAAGCAGUGCUGUUUCGGCGGCAGGAAGUAUCUGCUGAAGGAGACCGACGACAGUCUAGAGGAGUCUCAAGCGCAGUACAAGAGAAUGGUUGUUUUGGACAAACUGGUGAAGAUGACCUUCUACGGAUGUCUUAUCUGGUGGAUCAUGAGACGAGAAUUCAUCCGAGAUUUCAUACAGAUCAUCCAUUAAAAAAUAUGCUGUCUCAAUAUAUAUAAAUUAACAUUAAUUUAUAAUAAAAAUUAAAAACGGC